AUAUUCAUGAGCGUGAUGUCAGACGGGGAGCACAGCGCUCGGUGACCGCCCGAGAGCGCCAUUUCCUGAAGGAGAAGGCGGCGGUGGCGGCGGCUCAGGAGGGACUGACGGACGGACAGACACACACACGGACGGGUCCGCGGCGGCUGCGCGCCGGCAGGGGGAGACCGUCCAGCGGCCGGCCCGGCCCCGACCCGCCCGCCCGCCCCGCGGCUGGGCCUCGCCCGCUCGCCCCGGCCGGAGCGGCAGACAGAAGUUUGAGCGUCCCCGCAGGCUCCCGGGAGCAGUGCGGUGGCGGACGGCGACGCGGAGCUGCCGUAGCCGCUGUCGCCGCCGCCCGCGCUGGCAGCGGGAGCCCCCCGCGGCGCCGGCAGCAGCGGGGACGAUGGUGGUGCGGGAGCGACGGAGCUGAAGCGGAGCAUGGCGAUCCCGCGGCUCCUCUUGCUGGGACUGUGGGCUGCGGCGCUCCGGGACGUGGCCAUCGUGGCAGGUAUGAAAUUUACAGGACCUCCAAUCAAAUUAAAGGUGUCCCAGGGUCAACCUGUGAAACUAAAUUGCAGCCUGGAGGGAAUGGAAGACCCCGAGAUGUUGUGGAUGAAGGACGGAACAGUGGUGCAAAGCGUAGACCAGGUGUACAUUCCAGUGGAUGAACAGCACUGGAUCGGCUUCCUCAGCUUGAAAUCCGUCGAGCGGACAGAUUCUGGGAAGUACUGGUGCCAGGUUGAGCACGGGGGGAAGAAGGAAGAAUCACAGCAAGUGUGGCUCAUAGUGGAAGGUGUGCCCUACUUUACUGUGGAACCUGAGGAUGUGUCCGUGUCCCCUAAUGUCCCAUUUCAUAUGGCCUGUGCUGCUGUUGGUCCCCCUGAACCAGUGACAAUUGUCUGGUGGAUGGGAGAUUCUAGAGUGGGGCUUCCAGACAUCUCCCCCUCCAUCUUAAAUGUGUCAGGUAUUAAUCAAAGCACAGUUUUCUCCUGCGAAGCUCACAACGUAAAGGGAUUGUCUUCAUCUCGGACAGCCACUGUUCAAAUUAAAGCCAUGCCUCUGCCGCCUCUCAACUUAACUGUAAGCCAAGUCACCAGCAGCAAUGCCAGCGUGGUCUGGGUGCCAGGGUUUGACGGCAGGGCACCCCUCCAUUCAUGCACUCUGCAGGUGGCUGAGUCCCCGGACGGCCAGGACGUCACCACUGAAGUCACCCCAGUGCCACCCUUUGCCUACAGUGUGCAAGGCCUGAAGCAUUCCACCAACUACAGUGUCCGUGUGCAGUGCAGCAAUGAGAUGGGCAGCUCCCCCUUCACUGACAGGGUUUAUUUCCAGACCCUGGAGCUUGCUCCAAGCAGCACCCCACAAAACAUCCAUGUUAUCCAAAGAGAUCCUGGUCUGAUUUUGGAGUGGGAAGGUGUGGCACCAGAGGUGCUGAAAGAAAAUGUCCUGGGAUACAGGCUGGAGUGGAUUCAGGAUAAUGUAACUCAGGGGGAAAUGGUCGUACAGGAUACAAAAGCUAAUCUCACAACGUGGAAUCCUCUCAAAGACCUGAUCAUCAGGGUGUGUGUGCUGAACUCUGCAGGAUGCGGGCCCUGGAGUGACCUCUUCCUGCUUGAAGCCCAGGAGGUCAUGGGUGGCCAGAGACAACCUCCUUAUGGGACAUCCUGGGUUCCUGUGGCACUGGGCAUUCUCACAGCUCUGGUCACAGCUGUGGCCUUGGCUCUCAUUCUCCUUCGAAAAAGAAGAAAGGAAACUCGGUUUGGCCAUGCCUUUGGCAGUGUGGUUGGCAGAGGGGAUCCUGCAGUCCAUUUCAGAGCUGCCAGGUCUUUCAACAGGGAGGGCCCAGAGCUCAUAGAGGCAACACUGGAGAGUGUAGGGAUCAGUGAUGAGCUGAAGACAAAGCUCAAAGAUGUCCUAAUCCAGGAGCAGCAGUUCACCUUGGGAAGAAUGUUGGGCAAAGGGGAGUUUGGGUCGGUUCGAGAGGCGCUACUGAAGCUCGAUGAUGGCUCUUUCCAGAAAGUGGCAGUGAAGAUGCUGAAAGCUGACAUCUUCACCUCGACCGACAUUGAGGAGUUCCUGCGAGAGGCUGCGUGCAUGAAGGAGUUUGACCACCCACACGUCACCAAACUCAUUGGAGUCAGCCUCCGGAGCCGUCCCAAGGGCCGCCUCCCCAUUCCCAUGGUGAUCCUUCCCUUCAUGAAGCACGGGGACCUGCACGCCUUCCUGCUGAUGUCCCGCCUUGGGGAACACCCUUUUAACUUGCCUGUUCAGACACUCCUGAAGUUCAUGAUUGACAUUGCCAGUGGGAUGGAGUACCUGAGCUCCAAAAACUUCAUACACAGGGACCUGGCAGCUCGCAACUGCAUGUUGGAUGAGAACAUGAACGUGAGUGUUGCAGACUUCGGGCUUUCGAAGAAGAUCUACAGCGGGGAUUACUACCGUCAGGGCUGUGCCUCCAAGCUGCCAGUGAAGUGGCUUGCUCUGGAAAGUCUGGCAGAUAAUCUGUACACAACACACAGUGAUGUGUGGGCCUUUGGGGUGACCAUGUGGGAGAUUGUGACCAGAGGACAAACCCCUUAUGCUGGCAUUGAGAAUGCAGAAAUCUACAACUACCUCAUCAGUGGGAACAGGCUGAAGCAGCCGCCCGAGUGCCUGGAAGAUGUCUACGAUCUCAUGUGCAGAUGUUGGCACCCUGAGCCCAAGCUACGCCCCAGCUUCGGAGUGCUCCGCUCUCAGCUGGAAAUGAUUCGGGGCAGGAUGUCCACACUCUCUUCCAGCCAAGAUCCUCUCUAUGUCAACAUUGGGAAGGACAAAGAGGUGUCUGGGAGUGAGCCUGCCCUGCACUCCCCGUUGGGAGCCACGGACGCUGACGAGAGCGUCGCUGGGGCAGCCGCCGCUGUCACGAGUGACUAUCGCUACAUCAUGAGCCCCUUGUGCCUUGGAGACGAUGCCGAGGGUGAACGGCACCCAGAUGGGCAGGAAGGGGAGGACAAAAGCCUUCUGUGUGAGCUGGAGGCUGCAGGAGAGAGGAGCUGUUAGCCUGUACAUAGCAGUGCCACUCCGCUUCCCCAGGCUGGGGCACGCGCCGGGUCUGCAACGGCUUCGAGAGCUCUGGGGCAGCUUCUGUGGCUUUCACCCCGUGGGUGGGCUGCAGUGGUGGGGCAGCCUGGGAGGGCUGCAGCCCCGUGGCCUUGAGGGAGGGGGGCAGCAGGGUCACAGGCUGACGGUGUCCCGUUGAAAGCCGGGGCAGGCGGAGUCUCUGCUCUGCUCCUUCUCGCUGGUGGCUGGAGCAGAGCUGAAUACACCUUCUGUUCAGUCAGUGCUUGCUCUUGUGUAGGUGUCGUCUUCUGCCCUGUCUGUGUGACUUUGGGACUGGUACCUCUGUAAACACUAGCGGGUGUUUGGACGAGAGGGCGGAAUCCUGCGGGCGUGCCCUCAGCAGUGCUGCCUCCACUCCGUGCCUGACCUCUGGUUCUCAGACUGAGCUGCUGGAUCUGCUUCUCCCCAGCUCUGAAGCCCAACACCCGGCUUUUCCACGCAGUGACACCUGCUGCUUCCUGGCUCUGGGGCCCCUGAGGAGUUUCAGACGUUUUGGUGAGCCGUGAGCCUAGGAACAACAAAGGAAGCUCAGCAUCCCUCUUCGCCCCAUGUACCUCUCUUGUGUCUUUGUCCUCAGCUUGGUGCUGGCUGGAGCCUGCCCAGGCUUGCAGCUGGCAUUCACAUGUGAAGGGAGGGACAGCAGCUGGCGUGGGGAGGACAGGACCCAGCUUCAAAGAGACAGAAACAAAACUGUGCCACCAGUGAGGGGAAGCAGUGCUAAUGAGCAGAGUGCUGCCCUCCAGGAGAGGAAGGACACGGCUUAGACACAGAGGGACAGACUUGCUGCGGUUUCAGCAGGCACAGGAUUCAGCAUUUGCUUUCAAAUAGGAUUCAUUUGAUCUUCCUCUUCUCACAGUCCUGUGGCUUUCUCCAGUAACCGAGUGCUGUGGCUGCUGCAGCGAAGGUGUGAAAUGGGCUUGUGAGGAGCUGUCUGGGAGAGAAGAACCCUCACAGUGAGAAAGCCUGAGAACCACCAGCCUUCCUGGUUGAGAAGGUCUUCUGGCAUGCUGUGAAAGUCCCACCAGAACACAGACUGGUUGUCACUGCAGCCUUCCAGACAGGGCAACGUGAAUGGUGUUGCUCUGUUGGGGUUGUGCUUCGUUCCCCAGUCAGCAUGUGUGCCUCACGAGCCCUGCAAGCCCUCCUGUGGGGCUCAGCCAUGUACUGUUCUACUGUAAAUCAGCGUUAGUUUCGUGCAGUGGUUCCCAGCCAGGAGCUGCAGUGAUGUCCUACUCUACUUACCCCAAGUAUUUGCUAGAUGAUCCUCUUCUUUUUCCUUCCCCUUAUUUCCAGUGGGCUGGGCAGUAUCACAGCCCUUGGGCUUGCACACUGCUCUUCCUCAGAAACAAGUACCACAAAUGCUGAGUUGGGACCAAGUAAGUCAAAGGAGGCUGCAGCCUUGGUGUCAGAGCACUCCACCCUUCCAUGACAGGCUUUGCUUAGCCUCAGGUUCAGGGCUUGACCGCCCCAUUCAGGCCCCGUUUCAGCCCUUAGAACGCUUCCCAGGGAAGGGGCAUUUCAGCUGGGGCCUUGGGCAGGGCUGUCCUGUCUGUAAAGCUUCCUGCUGAACACCAGUGUCCCACAGAUGCCUCCAGAAGUCCCUGAGGGCUUCUCAGUGGCAGGUACAAACUGCACCCUCCUACACCCAGGGCUGCUUCCCCUCCACGUGGCUGGAACCGCUGUCAGCCAGGGGUGAGAAGGUAGCAGCUAACAAGGGGUAAGACAGCCUGCCCCUGGAAGGGCACGCUCCCUCCAGCUGCCUGGGAGGCUCAGAUGUACACACACAGCCCCUGUGGGAAGCAUGUCUUUAGUUUUUAAUGCAUUUUUUACUAAUAAAACCUGUACUGUGUCCGA